GCAUCUACGUCUGUGCCAAGUGCGGCCAUGAGCUGUUCUCCAGCCAUGCGAAGUACGAGCACUCGUCCCCGUGGCCAGCCUUCACCGAGACGAGCGUGUCCAAGCGCAAGGAGCGGCCGGGGGCUUUAAAGGUGUCUUGUGGCAAGUGUGGCAACGGGCUCGGCCAUGAAUUCCUCAACGACGGGCCGAAGAGGGGGCAGUCCCGCUUCUGAAUAUUCAGCAGCUCGCUGAAGUUUAUCCCGAAAGCUGGCGGCUCGGGCUCCCUGACCUCCCACGGUGAAAUGCGAAGUGUGCUGGAGCUCCUGGAUGCGGCCGCAGGUCUCUGCGUGUCCGAGGGGCGGCUGAGCGUUGGGGGUUUUCUGCUGGUGGUGCAAAGCGAGGGCAGGGAGCUCCUGCGGUGGCAUAAACGGGGCUGGGAGAGUUCGCUGGUUCACUCCUUGCAGAAGUCAGGCAAAGCAGACAAGGACCUGAAGGAGAAGUAA